AUGCCAUCUUCAUUGGCACAAAGUGCUGCAACUAAUGCCAUGAAAAAAGUCGUUAAUAAUCAACAUAAUCGUUAUCAUCAUCCUUACAAUAAUCCUAAUAAAUUAAAAACUAUGCAUUCAUUGAAAAAUGGGAAUAAAAAAAUUCAUAUUGAUAGAAUCAUAGAAUCUGUCACUGAUGCAAAGAAAAGAUUAUCUCAUACUGAAUCCUUAUUAAGCAACACUAAUACAAUAUCUACCGAUAUUACUACCACUACUACUGUUACUUCUACAACAACAACAACAACCACUGCCAAAAAAAAUAAUAGUAACAAUAACAAUAAUAAGAAUAACACCAAUAGUGAUAAUGCUACUAAAUCCUCUAAAAGAAAAUCUAGAGAUACUGUGGGACCCUGGAAAUUAGGUAAAACUUUAGGUAAAGGUUCUUCAGGUCGAGUAAGAUUGGCUAAGAAUAUAGAGACAGGCCAGUUGGCUGCCAUUAAAAUUGUCUCCAAGAAAAAAUAUAUGAGAGUAACGUAUAAUAAUAAUAAUAAUAAUAGUAGUAGUAGUAGUAGUAGUAGUAAGGACAACAACAACAAGACUAAUAAUAACCAGUCAAACCCUAAUAUACAACAGAACCAAACUAAUAAUGCCGCUAUGCCAGUUAAUCCAUAUGGUAUUGAGCGUGAGAUUGUUAUUAUGAAGUUAAUAUCACAUGAAAAUGUCAUGGGUCUAUACGAAGUAUGGGAAAAUAAAAAUGAACUAUUUUUGGUGUUAGAAUAUGUAGAUGGUGGUGAAUUAUUCGACUAUUUGGUGUCUAAAGGUAAACUACCCGAAUCUGAAGCAGUCCAUUAUUUUAAACAAGUCAUUGAAGGUGUAGCAUAUUGUCAUUCUUUUAACAUUGUGCAUCGUGAUUUAAAACCAGAGAAUCUUUUAUUAGAUAAAAAACAUAAGAUCAUUAAAAUUGCAGAUUUUGGGAUGGCUGCUUUAGAAUUGCCAAAUAAACUAUUGGAGACAUCAUGUGGUUCCCCACAUUAUGCAUCUCCAGAGAUAAUUAUGGGGAAGCUUUACCAUGGGGGACCAAGUGACGUUUGGUCUUGUGGUGUAAUUCUUUUCGCCUUAUUAACUGGUCAUUUGCCCUUCAACGAUGAUAAUAUUAGAAAAUUGUUGAUGAAAGUGCAAUCUGGCAAAUUUCAAAUGCCUGACACAUUAUCAAAUGAAGCAAAGGAUCUGAUAUCGAAGAUUCUGGUGGUUGAUCCAAGGAAAAGAAUCAAAAUAACGCAGAUCUUGAAACAUCCAUUGAUAACAAAAUAUGCACAGUUUGAUAGGACGUAUUAUGGUGUCUUUAAUUCUAUAUCUAAUUUAAACGGCUUAAAUAACAUGAAUCCAUCUAUUGUUAAUAUUGUAUCAAGACAAGAUAUUGAUGAGUCUAUUUUAAGAAGUCUACAAAUAUUAUGGCAUGGGACACCGAGAGACAUUAUAAUAGCUAAACUUUUACAAACACCUUUAUCUGAAGAAAAAAUUUUUUAUUCGUUAUUAUGGCAAUAUAAACAAAGACAUACAGAACCAAAAAAUAAUUCAAGUCAGGAUACUACUUCUACGAAUCAACAGGCAGCAUUGACAAGUAGAAAAUUACAAGAAUUAACAAAUGAAAUUGAUAUGACAUCAAAUGUAAAACCCACCUUGGAAACUAAUUCCAAAGACAAAAUUGAAAAAGAAGAUGAUUUUGGGCACAGUUUUGGUUAUGGAAAUUCAUUUGAACAUAUUUCAAAAGUAGAACGUACUACUGCCACAGAUGCAAUAAAUAAUAAUAGUAAUAAUAAACUCGCCACACCUAAAUUAGAACAGAAAUCUCAAUUCAGUAUAUCGACCUUAAUGGAGGACUCUACUGAUGAUAAUGUUAUCAAUAUUCCAAGAUUACCACCAGCAGUUCCUGCUUUUACUGUAUCAUCUUCUAAGGUAUUCAAAAAGAGUGGUUCGAUGAUGUCAAUACAUUCGAAAUGGCCACUGAAAAGUCCUAGCCCUAAAAAACCCAUACAUAAAUCGGAAUCACGUAAGUCAUUGGUUAAAGCAAAAAGAAGAACAUUACACAAUUCGGAAUCUAAAAGAUCUCUAUACUCUUUACAAUCAAUUUCAAAACGUUCUUUAAACUUAAAUGAAUAUUUAAUUGAUGAAAAUAAAGAUUUUGUUCCUACUUCAGAUUUAUCAAUAUUACCAAAAGUUGAUUCUGGCAAUGAGUUUGCCAUCCUUUGUGAACAACUGCUAUUUGGAAAUGGUCUUGAUAGGAUUCUUGAAGAAGAAGAAGGAGAAGGAGAAGGAGAAGAAAACCGAAUGCCAAAUGGGAAUGAAAAAAGGAAUGAGAAGAUUAAUGAUAUUACCUUUGGUGGAGAUAAAAAUACUGAUGAGUUAGUUAGAUUAAUUGAUAAUUCUAGUUUUUUGGUAACCUCAUCGCCUAUUAAAAAAAGUAACCGAGUAGUAGGAGUUUCCAGAAAUACAUCAAUAUUGGGGAAUCAGUCAUUAGAAUCUACUGAUAAUGCUAUUGAAUCUUCUUCAGGAAUCUCAGAGUUACCAUCAAAAGGUGUACUAUCAUCAUCUACGUAUCGAACUACCAGACCUGAUGAACGUAAAGAGUCGAAAUUAAGAAUUACAUCCGCUCCUAUGGACCAACCAAAUAUCUCUUUAGAUCCUCGCAGAAAUGUUUCACAACCGGUAAAACAUAGUGUGUUUGAUACUCUGAUGAAAUCGCAAAGAAGGGGUAAUAAUAGUUUUAGUUUGAAACAGGAUAAUCAAAAAUGGUCUGAUUAUACAUCUAAACUAAAUAAGGAAAGGAAGAUUAUUACGCAUAAUCCUUUACCAAGGGAUAAAUCAAUUGUAAAUAUGACUUUGAAUGAGGAUUUAUCCAUGGAUGACACCAGUGUUUUAGCACAAUCUAGUACCAUACAACAAACACAAAAACCAUUACUUUCACUACCAUCUACUUUAUUAAGCCAAACUACAACUUUUAAGGAUUUAACUCAAUUUCUGAAGGACAUUGAUGUAAAUGAUGAACUAGGCACAAAACCAACCCCAGUAUUAGUAAGAAGAUCUUCUCGUCGUUUAAAUAAGCCUACACAACCUGCACCUAUUACUCAACAAUAUAUACAGCAUGAUAAUGAGACUUUUAAUGAAGAUACAGAUUUAUCAUUAGCACUGGAUAUACCUACUACCACUAUGACAGCACAGAUUAUUAAAAUGAAACCUACUACUCAGAUCAUGGAUACUAGAGUGACUUUAGUCGCAGAAAAACCAUCAAUACGUCCUUUUACUUCAGAUGAUCAUGAAUCAAUUAACAUAUUUGAGGAUGUUAGCACGACAAGUAAUUCAGAUACAAAUACUUUGAAUGAGGAUACUAUGUCAAGUGACUCAACAUCAAUUUCACGUGUCCAUCAUCGCAAGAAGGUAGCUUCUAUUGAUACUUUAAACACAUCUAAUAUAGUAUUGACCCCACAAACAAAUGUUCGUGUUAGUCUCUAUGCAGGUAAAACUUUGUUACCAUCGAAGGAUAAUGCUAACAUCGAACGUGAGACUACAGAAGAAAUUAUUUCUAGAUUUCAGUUAAGUUAUAAGGAUAUAGGUAGCAAGAAAUAUAAUAAUGAGAUUUGGGCAUCCUCGACAAAAUUAGGGUAUUUAAAUAGAGAGAAUAAUGCAAGCACAGAUUAUAUGUUUAAAGAUUUAGAAGAAGAUCUAGAAUGGCAAGAUGAAUCAUUAGAUGUCAAUAAAUCUGCAGUAAACCACGUUUCUAAAUCUGAUGAGGCAGCUAUAAAAAAGGAUGAUACUAAUGACUUAGGAAAUGUUAAGAAAGGUGAUAAUCGUGUUACUAUGUUAUUUGAUGAGGAAGAAGAAGAAGAAAAGGAAGAGACUAAGAACCAUCAUGAAGAAGAUUAUGGGAAUGUGGAUAUUAGCACUAAAAAUAAAAUAGGAGAUGCACAUGAAAAGAUAAAUGCCAUGACACAUACUUUUGUACAACAUUCUGGAUUAUCUAAAAACAUUUCUGAGGUUGAGGAUAGCAUUAACAAAGAUAAACAUAGUGGCAAGUAUAAUACAAUUCAGCAAAAGCAACAGCAACAUCAACAAGUUGAUCCAAGGCGAAUAUUAAGAAUGAAAACAGCAAAACCAGACUCAAUGGAGAUUGGUUCCAAAAGAGUAAAACGUGGUUCGUCUAAUUGGUUUAAUCGUAUGAUUAAAAAUAUUAAAUGGAGUAACAAAAAUUCUAAGAGUAAAAAAAAAACGAAGUCUAUUGGUAGUAAUAAUAAAGAAAAUAAUAUGGUUGAUUUACCACAAUAA